AUGCACUUCCGCCAUGCCCUGAUCACCUUUAGUCGCCUGAGCCGAUGCUCUAUCCAUUCGACAUCCAAGCAUUGCUCAAUUCGUCAUCCCUUGUCGACGCUCGUCAACCAUGGCACACCCUCUAUGCCAUCAAUCCCGGACGAUACUCCGCCGUUGAAGAGACGCUCCCGGAACAAAGAGGCGGAAUCCGUUCUCGAAGACACAGGGCCAUCUGUGUCNUCCCGUAGACUCCGACACAGCACCGACAAAGAGACGCGGCCGCCCGAANNAAAGCUCGUCGAUGCCACCCAUGACACCUCGGGGCAGACCACCUUAGAAUCACCGAAGAAGCGCAUUCGCAAACCCAAGACGCCCAAGGAAGACCAUCUUGCAAUCCCACAUGGCAGUCAGCACCACACUUGCCUGUCCGAGUUCCUCAGCUACGCCGACACUGCAAACCUCUCGCCCAUAAGCACAGUCUACCGCGGCACCCUCUACGAGUACACAGUCCUGGACGCUCUCAAACGCCUGGCCUUUUCCUUGACUCGCGUUGGCCGCGCUAGUGACCUCGGUAUCGACUUACUCGGCACCUGGUCGAUACCCUCUCGCCCAAAGCCUCUAAAUGUCUUGAUACAAUGUAAAGCCGAGGCGCCCAAACCGAGCAUGAUCAGGGAGCUCGAGGGUACUGUCGUCGGUGCCCCGGUACGCUAUAGAGGAGAAGGCACCAUAACUGUUCUGGCUGCCGGCAAAGAGGCUACAAAGGGCGUUAGAGAUGCUGUAGGUAGGAGUGGCUUACCUAUGGCUUACCUGAAUGUGACGACCGAGGGUAGGAUUAGGCAGUUUGUCUGGAACCACGCUGCUGUAGAGUGUGGUUUGGAGGGUUUAGGUGUGGCUUUGAGAUAUCUGGCCGAUGGCGAGUCCGAGGUUGCUUUAACUUGGAAGAGUGUGCCCUGGUCUCCAUCUUCGCCAAAAUCACGCCGUGUUGAAGGAGAAGCUGGUGUCAGAUGA